AUGCUCACCUCUACAGGAGACUUUAACUCAGUUUUUGAGUAUGGUGACAGAUGUGGGGGUCGUCCAGUUACUUCCUCUGAACUGAUUGAUGCUCAGAGAUGGAAAGGGUAUGGGUUAGCUGAUGAACUUAGAUCGAUUGAUUCUCAAUUUACAUGGACUAAUAACCAAUCUGAUGGGGCUAGAAUCUACUCCAAAUUAGAUCGUAUUUUUAAAAAUGAAGAGUGGAGUGACCUCUUUCCGACUUCAGUUGCUGUUAAACAAUGGGAUAUUCUUUCAAAUCACUGUUUCUGCCUUAUUAAGGUAAUUCAGGAGGUAAUUUCUGGUUUUAAACCUUUUAGAUUUUAUAACAUGUGGGUGGAUCAUGAUAGAUUCAAGGCUACUGUUUUGCAAUGUUGGAAAAGAUCAGUGGCUGUUGGGGGUUUUGAUGGUAUUUUGGUGAAACUUAAGAGGCUUAGCCAUGUCUUGAGGCGGUUUAAUAAAUCUGAAAUUGGUGAUGUUGAGCGUAAUUUUCAGAUGGCUAAAGAGAAGUUGUAUGACAGCUUCUUGAGACAAAAAAGUAAAAUCAAUUGGCUUAAGUUUGGGGAUGAUAAUACAGCGUUUUUCCAUGCUUGUUUGAAACAGCGGAAGGAAGUUAAUAGAAUUGCCUCGUUUGUUUCUGAUAAUGGACAGUUGGUUGAGAAUUAUGAGGAAGUGAGUCCGAGCCCUGAUGGAUAUGGUUCGGGUUUCUUCAAAGCAAUGUGGAAUGAGAUUGGAGAUGAUAUUUCAACUGCUGUUUUGGGUUUCUUUCAGCAAGGUAUUAUUCCUAAAGGUCUAAAUAAUGCUUUGUUGUCUUUGAUUCCUAAAGUUGCAAAUCCAACAAAGGCAGUGGAUUAUAGGCCCAUUGCUUGCUGCAAUACAUUAUAUAAAUGUAUUUCUAAGAUGAUGUGUGAGAGACUUAAGGUGGUCCUUCCUCUGCUUAUUCACCAAAAUCAAGGGGCAUUUAUUAAGGAUAGACUUUUAGCGUAUAACAUUCUUAUCUUUCAGGAUAUCCUUAAGGGUUAUAAGAGGAAAAAUAUCUCCCCUAGAUGUGUGAUGAAAAUCAAUCUAAGCAAGGCUUAUGAUUCCAUUGAUUGGCACUAUUUAGAGGAAAUUCUUGCUAGUUUUUGUUUCCCGAACCAGUUUAUUAAUUGGAAUAUGUUGUGUUUAAAAGAUUCUUCUUAUUCUAUCUUGAUGAAUGGUAGAGUGCAGGGCUGUUUUACUGGUAGGAGGGGGCUGAAACAAGGAGAUCCGAUUUCCCCUCUCUUAUUUGUUCUGGUUAUGGAAUUUUUCACUAGGAUGCUCAUUCAUGCUACUCAAAAUAGAGACUUUAAAUUUCAUCCUAGGUGUAGAAGGUUGAAGUUAGUGAGUCUUUGUUUUGCGGACGACUUAGUGAUUUUCUGCAAAGGUAAUAAUGCUUCGGUUCAGAUUAUUCAGCAAUGUUUUAAAGAUUUUAGUGCUGCUUCUGGUUUGACAGCAAACUUGGAGAAAUCUAGAGUGUAUUUUGGUGGGUUAACUGAGACAGAAACCAAAAUUAUUCUAAAGGACUUGCAUUUUGCUGAAGGUGAGUUCCCUUUAAAGUAUCUUGGUGUCCCAUUGAGACCUACAAAAUGGAGAGUUGGGGACUGCGCUAAUAUAAUUCAGAAGAUUCAAUUGAAACUUCAUCAUUGGUCUAAUCGGCAUCUCUCAUUUGCUGGAAAAGCUCAGCUUAUUCACUCUGUUUUACUGGGAAUUAGAGCAUUUUGGAUGAGUAUUUUUCUCCUCCCUAAGAGUGUAAUUAAUGAGAUUGAUCACUUAUGCAGGCGAUUUCUGUGGGGGACCAGCAGAUGGAAUGAAAACAGAAGUAAAUUUCACAUCACGGCUUGGGAUCAAGUGUGCCUUCCUAAACACUUGGGAGGUAUUGGUUUUAGGGAUGGAACUAAAUGGAAUAUGGUGCUUCUUGCUAAGUAUAUAUGGGCUGUUUCUACUAAACAGGAUAUUCUUUGGGUCAAAUGGGUUGAUGUCGUUUAUCUUAAAGGGCAAUCUAUUUGGGAUUACAAUCUUCAGACUGAUGUGAGCUGGUAUUGGCGUAAGCUAAUCAAAUUGAGAUCAGUUAUCAAUGGUGAGAUGUUAGAGAAAGUUAUGGUGCAAAACAAAUUAAAAACCAGCAAGCUGUAUAGUCAGUUGGUUAAUACGGAUAAAGUUCCUUUUGCUCAUGUUGUUUGGUGUAAUUUGACCUUGCCUAAGCAUAGAUUUAUUCUAUGGCAAGCUUCUUUGGGGCACUUGUUAACCAGGGAUAAUCUUUUAAGAUGCCAUCUGCAGUUGGCUUCUACUCUCUGUCCAAUUUGUGAAUUACAGCAGGAAUGUCAUGAACACUUGUUUUUUCAGUGUCAAUUUUCUCAACAGGUGAGAAAUCGUGUUGCUAGUUGGCUGGGCAGAGAGGUUUCUCCUGUGCAUUAUCAUGGCUGGAUUGAGUGGAUGAAGGGGAAACCGAAGGGUAUUCAACAGAAAGUCUUUGCUGCUGGUUUAGCAGCCUCUGUUUAUCUGGUUUGGUGGAACAGAAACCAGUGCAUGUUUAAUUACUUUUCUGUUUCUGUUAACAAGGCUAUUGCUCAGCUGCAAGAUUGUUUAAAAACUAGAGUUUCUAGUGUGUCUAAAGCUAAGCUGAAAAGUAAAGACUUAGUAUUUCUUAAAAAUCUGAAUCUCUUGUAA